CAUUCUCUCUGUCCCUUUUUAUCUUUUUUUCUUUCCAUCUUCAGUUUAAUUACACUGUCCCUCGGGAUUUGGUCCAAAAAGACAUAUAGCCAAACUCACUGGAAAUUCCAAUUCCCGAGGAUAAAAUUAAAGCUUUGUCUUUUGCUGUCUCUUAUUAUCUUCGUCUUUUUGUUGGUCACCCUUUCAAAGUUCUUUCAUUUAUUUGUCACUUUGAAUACCAAAUAUUCACUCUACUCAGAUCUGCUCAUUUUUGAAAUUAAGGUGGUUAUAGUAGUACAUUUGAUUGAUCAAAGAAGAUGAAUUCCUUGUCACACGUUCCUCCAGGUUUUCGGUUUCACCCAACAGAUGAAGAACUUGUUGAUUAUUACCUUAGAAAGAAAAUCACCUCUAGAAGGAUUGACCUCGAUGUUAUUAAAGACAUCGAUCUCUACAAAAUCGAGCCAUGGGAUCUUCAAGAAUUAUGUAGAAUGGGGACAGAAGAGCAGAGUGAUUGGUAUUUUUUUAGCCACAAAGACAAAAAAUAUCCAACAGGAACAAGAACAAAUAGAGCAACAGCAGCAGGAUUUUGGAAGGCAACAGGAAGGGAUAAGGCUAUAUAUUCAAAGCAUGAUUUAAUUGGGAUGAGGAAGACAUUGGUGUAUUAUAAAGGGAGGGCUCCAAAUGGACAAAAAUCUGACUUUAUUAUGCAUGAAUACAGACUUGAGACUGAUCCAAAUGGUGCUCCUCAGGAAGAAGGAUGGGUUAUAUGUAGAGUAUUCAAGAAGAAAAUAGCAGCUGGCAUGAGAAUGGAUACAAGUGAACAUGGUUCACCAAUUUGGUACGAUGAUCAACUUUCAUUCAUGCAAGACAUGGAUUCACCUAAGCCAAUACAUCCUCAAAUGAAUUACAUUAACCACUAUCCCAAUAAUUACCCUAAUUGCAAAAAAGAAUUUGACAAUUUGCAAUACCAAACCCCACCUCAAAAUCACCAAUUUCUUCAUCAACUUCCUCUUUUAGAAACAAAUAAACUUGUAGCUGCACCUCCUGGUUGUAGCUCAAUACCUAUAUUUGGCAAUAUUCGACCAGCAUUGGUCACACAAGAUCCACAUGUUCAUCCUACAUUUGAGAACCAGCAAGUUGCAGAUCAAGUGACUGAUUGGCGAGUGCUCCAUAAAUUGGUAGCUUCUCAACUUAGCCAAGAAGAUGAAAAUAAUAACUAUUCGUCUCCAAACACAUUUCAGGCUAAGCGCGAUGAUGAGGUGAAUUUGAAUAAGCAAGAAAUGGCCCCCGAAAAUACCUCUACAGCAUCUUCAACUUCUCAAAUUGAUUUGUGGAAAUGAAAGUGAAAAUCCAACUAAUAAUAAUAUUAAUAAAUUACUGCUCAAAAAUAUUAUCAUAGAAGGAAUUAAGUACGAUCGUACAGUAUCCCUUCUUGAUUGAAAAAAAUAUAUCUGAAGAUAUAUAUAAAUAUAUAUGUGUACAUUAUUAUAAAUGUAUAGAAAUUUGUACGACAUUAUUUUCUAAUUGUAUUUAACUUAAGAUCCACGAUAUAUCAUGAUUAACUCAUAGAGAUUAUAUUGCA